GUUCCUAUUCUUUUCAACUUAAAUCAACAAGAUGAACAACUUCGGUGUGAUAGAGCUCGCGAGUACCAAAACCACCAACGCCCCUGGCUGGGCCUACGUGCCCGAUACAACGCCUCACCUAGCAGCAGCAGCAACGGCCGCCGCCUCGCUCCAAACGGGCAACAGAAAACGAGCUGCUCGCAACCAGGCGGUCAACACCAGCGCUCUGUACGCCGAUGCCGACGCGCGCCAAGAGGCGAAGCUGCGCAGAGAGAUCGAGGCGCUCGACCGCGAUAACUACCACCGCGACGUAAGCAUACCCAUCGUAACCAAGAGCAAUAGCAGCAAAGCCGCGGUCAAGAAACACACCCCCAACGUCCGCAAGAUCCUGCAGUCGCAGAAGACCUUCGCAAACCACCUCGACGACUUCGAAGCCCUCUCCGCCCAGGAAAAAUCAAACCCCAACGCGGCGAGCUCUGCUUCUGGGGGCGUGUCUGCGUCUGCGACGAAUACUUCGGGCGCUGGGGGUUCGAAAAAGGGAUCCGCGGCGGAGAAACACCAAGCGAAAAGCAGCAGCAGCAGUAACAACAAGAAAUCGUCUUCCAAAACCAAGUCCCGCUCUACAUCAGUCUCAAAAGCCGCGCCAACCGUAAAGCAAGAAGAAGACGUCCCCAUGACCGACGCGCCGCCAACCACCUCUUUCUCCUCUUCUUUGCUAACGCCGUACACCCGCCCCGGAUACCCGCCCACGCACCCGCAAGACUCGGACCCCCUGCUGACCUCGCGCGUCCCGCCGCUGCCCACCGACGCCGAGCUGCGGGCCUUGCUCGCCGCGCCGCCGCUCGGCUACGCGGAGGCGCGGGGCCGGUGGACGGCGGCCGACGAGGCCGCCGGCAGGAGGUACCCGGCGCGCGUGUUCUGCGAGGUGUGCGGGUACUGGGGGCGCGUGCGGUGCAUGCGCUGCGGCGCGAGGGUCUGCGCGCUCGAGUGCCUCGAGACGCAUCGCGAGGAGUGCGUUUCCCGGUACGGGCUGUGAUUCCCUAGUAGGGUAGGUUAGGUAGGUAGGUAUUUACGAGUGCGGCCCAAGUCGAGAAGGGAGUUGAGUUAGUUCUAGGUAAGGUAGCUAUUAUUAGGGGUUCGCGUAAGAGUAAGUGGGUAGGGGGGAAGGCUUGAGUUUCUCUUAUCGAGUGUAUAAUACAAUACAUACCUACAUAAGAAGCAUUCUUUUUUUUUCGUGGGUUGGCAAGGGGGAACAAAAUGAGUUCAGGCGUCCGGUUGCAAAAGCGAGAGA